AUGGCAAGUGUAGAGUCGUCGAUGGAAUUCACCAGUUCACUGACUGUCUCGUCUCAUCUUCCGCCACCACGGACACGGAUUUUCAAGAUCAUCGUGAUUGGGGACUCCGGGGUGGGCAAGACCUGCCUCACCUACCGAUUCUGUGCGGGCAAGUUUCCGGAGAAAACCGAGGCCACGAUCGGGGUGGACUUUCGGGAGAAACUUAUCGAGAUUGACGGCGAGACAAUCAAGGUGAAUUGCCAAAUGACAUAAAACAUGCAACAUUUUUGUUUUUGUUUGGAUUAUUCUAAAACAGAACAAUUUGAAACACACAAUGGGCAUAAAUGCAGACAGGGGGGAGGGGGAUUGUUGUGGCAUCAAUUUCAUACGUCUAGAUCUUUGAUGAUCUCAAGGGCAGUGGCAGCAGAGAGAACUAGCUAUCUGUCUGGUGCACCGACUGCCCUCUGUAGAAUCAUACACAUAUUACAGUUGAGUUCAUCCUAUAGCACCUUCACAUUGGACAUUAUGUUUAGCUACUGUGUUUGUUUCUUGAGGACUGACAACUUUCAAUAAUAAUAAUAAUAAUAAUAAUAAAAAUAAUAUGCCAUUUAGCAGACGCUUUUAUCCAAAGCGACUUACAGUCAUGCGUUCAUACAUUUUUGUGUAUGGGUGGUCCCGGGGAUUGAACCCACUACCUUGGUGUUACAAGCGCCGUGCUCUACCAGCUGUGCUCUACCAGCUGAGCUACAGAGGACCAAUAUAUCCAAGAAACUGUUCAGUGUCAUUAUAAUUUGUACUCUCUUUCCCCUCCCUCUCUCUCUCCCUCUCCAGGUCCAGCUAUGGGACACGGCGGGCCAGGAGCGUUUUCGUAAGAGCAUGGUGCAGCACUACUACCGCAACGUGCACGCAGUGGUGUUUGUGUACGACGUGACCAGCGCCGCCAGCUUCCGCAGCCUCCCGACCUGGAUCGAGGAGUGUAAGCAGCACGCCCUGGGCCAGGAGGUCCCGAGGAUCCUGGUGGGGAACAAAUGUGACCUGCAGAACUCUGUCCAGGUGGGCACAGACUUGGCCCAGCAGUUUGCCGACGCCCACUCCAUGCCACUGUUCGAGACGUCCGCCAAGAACCCCAGCAGUGAUGGCAGCGGUGAUAGUAGCCGGGGGAGCAGCGAUCACGUGGAGGCCAUCUUCAUGACGGUGGCCCACAAGCUGAAGUCCCAGAAGCCUCUGAUACUGAGCCAGCUGCCCAGGGGGGUGUUAGGGGGGGACACAGUGACCCUGAGGAGGGGGAGGGACGAGGGCGAGGAGAAGGUGAGCUGGACCUGCAGCUGCUGA